AGCCAACUUUUGUUGCAAAACAUAACAUGGGCGUCUGGAGAGCUUGUGUUGUGAGAUACUGGAAUUUAACUCCAAUGUCUUGUCUCUGCCAGGCGUAUGCCAGUAGGGAGACUUAUGUGUUUGUGUAUGUGUCUGUCUGCAUCUCACACACUACUGGACAAUUCAUCCUAUUAUUAUUUUUUUUUCAUUCAUGGAUGAAAAACUGUUUAUGGCUCAGCAACGGAAAGCACUGGACCUCAUCCCAAAUCUGAAUUCAACAAUCCUCCAAAGCAGAAAAGGCCCCCCAGCUCCCACAGUCCAGGUCGUCCACUCAUCGAGUCAUUAUACCAGCCAGUUUACAUGGGGUCACAUCCACACCCCAAUGCACCCCAGCAUCAACCAGGCUACAACAGGGAUCCCCAUUUUAUGGCAGGACAAAAGACAAAGCCGCAACGGACAGGUCCAGGUUCUCAACACAAAGCAGGCCCAAAGGAGAAGUCUGAAAAACCAAAACCUCUCAAAGCUGCAAAAGACAAUAUUGGACAAAAGAAUGAAGAACGCUCAACAGAAAACCUCUUGGACCUCUUAGGUGGGAUAAUCCAACCCAGAAGCAGUACUCCUCCACCUUAUUUUAAUAAACCAGAAAUGUCGGACAUUCCACCAAGCAUAACAUCUGCUGAAAAAAGAACCGAACUUUUGAAAUAUGGUACAGUUCUCACUUUGGAUCCAAAGACGGCCCACAAACGCAUCGCUCUGAGUGAGGGCUUCACUAAGGCCUCGGUGUCAGAUGAACACACAGACUAUCCCGACUGCCCUGAACGCUUCUCGGUCUGCUCCCAGGUGCUCGCUCGUCAGAGUUUCUCUCGAGGCCGCCACUACUGGGAAGUGCGACUGAGCUGCAACAACUUCAUUGGCGUAGGCUUGGCUUACAGAAGCAUUGACCGCAAAGGUCCCACCAGUCGACUGGGCCGCAACGACCAGUCCUGGUGUAUCGAGUGGUUCAACGUCAAGCUGUCCGCUUGGCACAACAGCAAUGAGACCGUGCUGGUCAAUCCCAAUCCAAAGCGCGUAGGCGUGCUGUUGGAUUGUGACGAGGGCACUGCUACGUUCUAUAACGUGGCAGACAGGGCGUAUCCCUUCCACACCUUUGUGUUCCCCUUUGCCCAAGCUGUGUGUCCAGCUUUCUGGAUUUUCUCAAGUGGCUCGUCCAUUUCUGUGUGCAAGCUUCAGGCAUGAGGAGCAUAUGCACAGAAUUGGCAUGCGGGCACACUCGUAAUACACAGCCUUUUCUUCUAAAUACACUCAUAAUAAUGGAAUAUAAUACACUGCUUUGUUCACUUAUUAAGACAUUCCCUGUUAACCCACCUCCAGCUAACAUUUAGUCAAAAUCAAUGUUGCCUUUUUGAAGUUGAAGUUGCAACUAAAUGGUUCUUUGUGCUGUUGGAGUGUGUCAGGUGAAACUUGAUUAUCCCCACUAUUAGUGCUCGCUGAUUUAGCUUGGCUUUAACAAAGAAAAUGAAGGAAUAACUCAAAUGUGUUUGUCUGAAAAUGUCAGCACACAGUCCUUAUCUUCUAAACUUAAAUGGACUCGGAUGCAAACGAUAGCGCCAUCGCUGUUGUCGUUAGCUAUGCUAGCUGUGAUUUACAGCAGCUGAAUUUUUGGUUAUGUGACCAAAAACGAUUAAGACGGCUUUUCUAAACACGUAAAAAGCAACAUGCUUUGUGUUUUCCAGUCUAUAAACUGCAUCCCAGGCGGUUUGAACACACCUGAGCAUCGAUAUGACUUCUGUUAUUAGGAUUAUAAGAAGAACGCGCACUGUACUCUUACCGUACAGCAUGUGUGUGCUAGUCUUUCUCCUGUAUUGUGACUGUGACUGGAUAAAGAAGUGAAUUAUUACGUCACGCUCCAGCAUGUGUCAGUACAGUGUUUUCAUAUGUCCGCAUGUGGAAAAUGUACGAUCGUUUUGGAGUGCAUUGAAGUGAAGCUCUUAAGGUUAUAGGGCUGGGCGAUAUGGCAAAACAUUUGAUCAAGUUAUUUGUUUUUCAUUCUGAUGACCUUUAAAAGAUUUCUUAGUCUCUAAAUCGUUUUACCUUUUGAUCCAAAAUCAAUAAUCAACCAUCCGUGUUUAAUGGCUUGUGCAUUUCAGACUACUUUAAAAAAAUGCUAAUAAUUAUGAUAGAG